AUGACGUCGGUGGUAGCCCCCGAGAAGCGCGAGCCCACCAGCCAGACCGAGGGCAAGUACAAGGAGAGCCUGCCUGGCGUGGUCAACCUGCCGCUGGAUGAAGUCAAGCAGCGGCGCUAUGGCGAGACCCAGCAGGGCCAGGUCAACCGCGCCACCUUUGUGCGCGUGGACUAUGCGGGAGAGCUCGAGGAGGCGGUGAACCGGCAGAUCGACUUCGACUUCUCCCUGGGCUACACCCUGCUGGCCAUGGCCGCCUACUUCGACAGAGACACGGUGUCCCUGCCCGGCAUCGCCAAGUACUUCAGGAGCAUGUCCGAGUCUUCCUGGUCGGAUGCCGAGAAGAAGAUCGCUUUCCAGAACAUGCGCGGCGGCAAGGUGCAGCUGAUGGCGGUGCCCAUGCCCGACUCCGACUACUACAACGCAGACAAGGGCGACGCGUUGUACGCGUUUGAGCUGGCGCUGGCGCUGCAGAAGCUGGGGCUGGACAAGCUCAAGGCGAUGCACGGCCUGGCGGACCAAAGCGACGACUACCAGGUGGGGCAGGGGGCGGCUGGUGCUGCCGUGGCGGGGCUGCUAAAUGUGGCAGGGGCUGACGUGGCGGCACUGUUCAUGUCGGCAGCGGUCCUGGCCCAGGACUUUAUCGAGGACGAGAUGAGCUCUCUGGCCAAGACGGUUAAGGAGCUGGGUGACCGCGCCUGCGAGCUCAAGCGCGUGGGCACCGGCCACGGCGUGUUCCAUUUCGAUGAGCGCAUCGACAGCCUGUAG